AUGGAAUGCUUGCGCUGCUUGCCCGGGUUGCUGCCCCGCGCCGCGCAGUCUCGGAGGACCCUGUGUACGGCGGCUGCGCGCCUGAGCCUAGCUGCCGGCUGCAGCCGCGCGACCCCGCUGCUCUCCGGGAUCCCAAAGGCACCGAGCACACUCCGUGCUGCAGGUGAUGUGCACCGGUUUAGAACCUCUGAUGCCUCUCAAGCUACUUUAGCCAGCGUGGCCCAGGUGUUUGCUGUGACAAAGUUUGACAAAGAAGGAAACGUUACCUCUUUUGAGAGGAAGAAAACUGAAUUAUACCAUGAGUUAGCACUCCAGGCCAGAGACUUGAGGUUUCAGCACGUGAUGAGCAUCACUACCAGAAACAACAGGAUCAUCAUGAGGAUGGAGUAUUUAAAGGCUGUGAUAACUCCAGAGUGUCUUCUGAUACUAGAUUAUCGGAAUCUAAACCUGGAGCACUGGCUGUUCCGGGAACUGCCCUCACAGCUGUCUGGAGAAGGUCAGCUCGUCACAUACCCACUACCAUUUGAGUUCCGAGCUAUUGAAGCACUCCUGCAGUACUGGGCCAUGUUGUUAUCUAGAUCAACACCCUUCGGGGCUUACAGUCUCUCUGAGUUAGAAACGGACAUUAAAAUUUUCAAAGAGUCGAUUUUGGAGCUCUUAGAUGAGGAGGAGAUGCUGGAAGAACUCUGCCUAACCAAGUGGAGCGACCCAGAUGUCUUUGAGAAGAGCAGCACUGGGAUUGACCACGCAGAGGAGAUGGAGCUGCUGCUGGAGAACUACUACCACUUAGCUGACGACCUCUCCAAUGAGGCGCGGGAGCUGCGGGGCCUGAUCGACGACUCCCAGAGCAUCAUCUUCAUCAACCUAGACAGCCAUCGCAAUGUGAUGAUGAGGUUAAAUCUGCAGCUGACCAUGGGAACCUUCUCCCUUUCACUCUUCGGACUAAUGGGAGUUGCUUUUGGCAUGAAUUUGGAAUCUUCUCUUGAAGAGGACCAUCGUGUGUUUUGGCUGAUUACAGGAAUUAUGUUUAUGGGAAGUGGCCUCAUCUGGAGGAGGUUGCUUUCUUUCCUUGGAAGACAGCUGGAAGCUCCUGUGCCCCCUAUGAUGGCCUCCUUACCUAAAAAGACCCUUCUGUCAGAUAGAAGGAUGGAUGUGAAAAACAGCCUCAGGCGGGAAGGACUUGGAGCAAGCAGGACUGUCCUGGCAAGCCGCUAGCAGCAGCCUGGCAGACAAAGAUUUUUAUACUUCUGAAGCUAUUAUCACUUUUUUUGGGGGGGGGAGACAACUGGUGUUUAAAUUAUGUCUGACUAAAAAUACUGUGGCAUUCAUAAUACUAAACUUGAUUACAUCUUCAGAAUUCUUUGAGAAAAAGAGGUUUCUUUGUAAAAGGCCAAAAUCCUGUGUCCUACCAACUUUGAAUACUGUUUUUAUGGACUUUUUAAAGUAUAGAUUAAUUUAUUGUGAGAUAGACUGAUCUAGAUCAGUACCAUUAUACAUAUCAAGAAGAGUGCAGCUUUGUGCUGAUGGAGCCCAGGAACUCAGCAGAGCCCAUACUUCCUGAGCUCGGUCAUAGGCCUCGGUUCCUCACACACGGAAUCAUGCUCCUGUCAGUUUCUCACUCAGGGAAGAGAGCUGAUGGAUCUGUUAGCCUUGCAGCAAACUGUGGAAUGUCACUACUUGAUAGAACUUUACUUCCAGGUAUUUGCUCUCUUUUAUAUAUAAGAUGAAUGAAGAGGAGGUAUAAUUUAAUGUCAACAUACUUGGAUUCAAAUUAAUCAAGAUUGUUACUAUUUUUUUGAUUAGUUAUAAAUAGAACCAUGGAAAGUGAAGUUUUAAAGAAAGUGUUUAUUUAUUCUCUUACAAUUUUAUAGCUGUUUUGAUUAUUGCCUGAUUUAAGAGAUUGUCAUGCUGCCCUCUCCCCAAGAGAAAAAUAUACAGACAGCUAAUGUGUUUGCCUACCUCUCAAAAGUUAACUGAUGGUCUUGUCAAAUAAGAGCAUAGCUAAUGUAGGAACUGUGGAAGCAUUAUCUUCCCAAUCAGAAGCUCUCAUUUAAAAUAAAUGGCAAAGCAGGACAUGGUUGGUUCACCACCUAUGUUUCCAGUCCUUGCAAGGCUGCAGUAGGAAGAUUACAAAGAGUUUGAGGCCAGCCUGGGCUACAGAGUAUGUUCUAGGCCAGUGAAGGUUAUAGAGUGAGUUCCAGACCCAUGUGGACUAUGUAAGACUCUGUCUCAAAACACCAGGUGAAGUGGGGCUGGGAGUGCUGCUCACUGUAGAGUGCUCACUCACUCAGCCUAAACACAGUGUGGGAUGGGAAUGCUCGCUCGCCCAGUAUGAGCAGAGCCCUGGGAUCCGCCCUCUGAUGCUGCACAGGGAAGAAUCAGAUCUGCUCAUACCUGUCGCUCAUACCUGAAAGUUUGAAAGCUGUCGUUCUAAUAACCAUUCAGCCAGCCCGUGUGUGUUCUCAGGAGGUUUCAUACGGUUGUGUGCUAGAACAUAACAAUAACCAAAAAGUAUGCCUCCCAAAGAUUGCAGUAAGACCAGAGCAACUCUUAGCUUACAGGGUAGGAAUAAUGAAGAAGUGUUCCCACCCCAGACACUAGGCGUCUGAUUAAUCUAAUAGUGUCCCACAAGGAUUGUUGGGUACUUCAGUGAUGGAAGUAAAAGAUGCUACUCCAGUAUAAAACAGAAGCUCCCCUCCUGUGUGGGGCUGUGAGAAGCUGAUCUAGGGCAGCCAAGCUGGCCUGGUGUCCCAGCCAUGAGGCCCCUUCAGGCCUCUGGUGAGAUGCUAGAAUGUGUGUAUGGAAAUUGUAGCAGCUGAACCCUUGACAGCCUCUAGGAUUGUCUUUGAUGAUGCCCAGAUUUCACACCCUCUUCAGCACACAGAGCACUCCACUGCUGUGGAAUCUUACACUGUGAAGUCCUAGGUUUUGCUCAGCUGAGAUCCAUGAGGAACUGAAGUCCAUUUGAUCCCAGGUCAGACAGGAUUGAAUCUCAUUUUUCCUUGUAGUGUUAGUUUAUGAGCUUAAAUAAAGUAAAUGUCUUGAUUAGUCAUGUUCCUCUUAGCAGAGGGACAAAAUGUAAUUAUUUUGCCUCAGAUAAGAGGAUGGAACUGGUAGUUUGUAAAAUUUUUAAAGGUGGUUAUGUCAAGUAGGGUUUUUGAGUAAAAAUGCUUCUUAAAGGAAAUGUAAAAUAUCAAAUACUCAGUGUUAUGAUUGAGCAAGCAGUCACACAUCGAGUGUGAGCAAAGAAGUGUAAUACUUUCUGUCCUUACGUUCAGAGCCUCUGAGCCAGUGUGGGCAGAGCAGAGGUCAUCCUAUGAAGUGAUUCCUGACAACAGACUGUGGAGUAGCUUAACAGCUCACACUAAUAGGCUGCUUCAUGGUGGGAUCCAGGAGCUGCACUCAGCUCCAUCUUUUGGAAUGGCCACAGUGAAGCUGCAUUUGAACUUUAGUGUGGUAACUUCGGUAAUGGCCAAAGAGGUUAUCUAAUAGAAGGGUUGGAACGAGGUCUAGAGACCUGAGCUCUCUGCAGAGCUGUCAUUCCAACUUCAUAGUCUGGGACAAUAAGGCAUAAAGCAAUUCCAAUCUUGAAGCCUUGAAAAUGUAUAGAGAAAGUUAGAAAACCAAUAUGUAAAUGUCUGUUGGUGUCUUGAGGUAAAGAUCAGGAAGUGUAUUAGAAGGUUGUUUUAGCUUAGCUCCAUCUGAGUCACUUAAGCAUUGUGGGGCUGAAUCUUAGAACCAGUUAGUGCUUGGAGGAAGGAGAUUUUAAUUCACUUGUUGAGGAUAAUGUGCAGACUGCUAAUAUUUUGUCUGUAUCAGGUUUUUCUAUAUUCUUUAGGUUGACCUUCAAAGGUGAGUGUAGCAUUUACUUUGUCACAGAAGAGUCAAUAUAUUAAGUAUCCUGUCAACUUGAAGAUAUGUUUAGAUUUCUGUAAGCUUCAAGCUUUCUUUACCUGAUGCCUGUUACAUGCUAUGCUCAGACAUUGAGCGAAAGACAAAUCCUGUGGCCACGUUUAGACAGGCUCUCAUCCAUCCAUUACAGAGCAAAAUCACUGGCACUUGGUGGCUAGAGCAUCAGCAGGGGUUGGGGGAGCCCCUCCUACUGUGCAUGAGGCUCUGGGUUAACCUUGCCAUUUAUGUUUGCUGAUUUGCUAUCCCUGUACCAAAACAAUGACCCUUCUGCUGGCUGUGUUCUUUAAAUAGGUUGAACCACUAAUUAAACCAAAAUUCCUUUGUGCUCCCUGCUGUGCCUUAGGGGGCUGUAGAGUACACACAGCAACUAGUCUGGAGCAUGAGCUAUGCCUUCCUUCCAGGGUGUCUUUCCUGUCCCUCCUUCUCCUCCGUUGUGAGCCAUCUCAGUGGAAUUGAUUCUCCUUGGUCCCUUCCUCAUUCUCUCUGCAGAGGGAUCUCUCUCUGAGUAGGAGCUGUCACUGUCAUCAUUUCCCUCACCACUUGGUAUUAUUCCUAGGAUCAGAAGGAAUGCUAUCCCCUUGGGUGACACAGAACCAGCUAGUCACUGUUAGCAGGUAUAUGUGCUGGCAAAUUUCUCCUGAAGCCACACUGUGGGGCUGGCACAGAGAAGCUACCCUAAAGAAUAGCCCAAGAACAAGUGAAGCCAAAGCCCACUUCCACUAAGUCCCUUGCUGAUCCCUUAUGGUCACCCUGGGCUCAGGCCACACCACACCUUUCUGCUUGUUGAUGCAGCUCACAGCCUAGCACAGAAAAGCCUCAGCACUCUGUAAGACUUAAAACCACGGUGGUGAGAAACAACCAGCUCCAGACUUCUGUGAGGUGGGAGACAACUCAUCAAACCUUAGUGUCUGAAGUUGUCCUCCACAGUAUAAAAUGUGAGCAGAGAUCCACAGUGAGGAGAGACCAGUGUAGCUCCUUCCCCAUGCCCCUCUCUUCCUCCCUCUGUGUUCUCACCAGACAUUGUCUGUCCAUAUGACAAAAUUCCCAUGAUAAAGAGCUUAACAAGAGGAAAUGUUUAUUUUGGUUCACAGUUUUCAGCCAUGUCAGCUCCAGGGUGCUUGGCCCUGUUGCUUUGGGCCUGGGAAAGAAGCAGUAUGUCAUGGCAGAGGAGAGCUGCUCAUGGCAUGGCAGCUGGCAGCAGAGAGGCAAGGAAGGACUUGGGGUUCUGGUAAGCCCCAAUAGCAUAACUUCCUUCAACAAAGUCCUACUCCAGAGUUCCUACCUUCUUUAAGCUGAAGACCAAGCCUUCAACAUAGGAGAUUUGGGGUACAUUUAAGAUCCAAAUAGGACCAGCCACCACUAACAAGGAUUUUUAUAGGAACAAUUAUAUGGAGUGUUAAGAGCUAACUAUACCCUUUCUAGGCAAGAGAGACGGGUAUUCCUACAGAAAAGGAGGUGGGUUGAUAAAGUCCCAAGCACAGGCAACAAGCUCAGAGGAUUCAAAAGAGCUUUAGAGGGGACUUGACCUCAGAGUCUGCUGCUCCCUAUCAUCUGGUGUCCACACAUAGCUGCCCGCAUUUCCAGGUAGCCUGGCUGUCCCAGGAACCCCGCCUCUAUCAGUUUUCACCGUAGCUCUACUGGAGGACUGCUCUGUCCAUCCUGGAGAUGACAUGGCUCAAGAGAGAGGGGCUGAAGAGGAGAGUGACGUCUUCAAUCAGAGCUGAGGCUGUAGACAUGAAGUGCCCCAGAGAGCCGGGCUCCCCAAGAACUCCUGCCUGCAGCCACAACCACUUGGUUCUGUGGAGGACAAUAUAGACAGCACUAGUGUCAUUCUGGCCAUGAGGCAGACAUCAUACUGUGCUUUGAAGUGCACAGGAAAGCAAUACUGGCCAUACCCCACAGACCCUUGUGUCUCUCUCUCUUUGUUCUGAGGACACUUUCUCAGAUCUGUUAAGUUCCGAAAACCACUGUUGUGUAAGUUGACCCCCAGAACCUCACUGCAGUGCAUGUGAGCACAUCUGGAGUGACGAGGACUUGCACGGGCUACCUUCACACAGCAUCCCUGCUGCCUAAGAGGUUUUCAAGCUCACUUUCAAAAUUCUCUCCAAAAUCUGCUGCAGGUUGUGAACCAUUUUAUUAAUGGCAAAUCUUUGCAACAGUUAAAAUUUGAUUUUUGGAAAUUGCCAAAAGUUAUUUUAGAUCUUUGUUGGUAGGUGACGUGUAGCUGAUCAUGCUGGCUGAUAGCACUUUAGACAGCAGGUGUAGCAUUUUAACAUUAACAGUCCCAAAAUGAUGAUAAUGGCAGCAAUGGAUUAUGCCCUUACAGGAUUCUAGGUGGGGCCCUUGCUGGCACCUCCUAAUACCCCAGGGUCAGUCAACACAAGAGAGAAUCUUUUCAAUUGGCAAAAUGAUAAUUUCUUCUCUUCCCCAUUUAUGUAAUUACUAAUUUACUAAAUGUGCUUUUAUUUGGCUAGAUUCUAAGUCUCCUUUUCUAUUUCCUGGUCAAACCAUGUUCUUCCCCUAAAGUUAACCUUCCUGGCUGCUUGCCAUCUCCCUGGUCUAACCAUCUCAGGAGCCCUCUCAAGAACCGUAAGUUCUGUAUAGACAGCCACUGUCUGUAUCCCUAGGUCAUUGUACAUUGAUGCUGCAUUUUAUCCUUUCAUCUAAGCUGUAAGAGGGAGACUAGGCCCUGUCUGUUCUGUCUUCUCUGCUGUCCAGUGAAGUGGAGCUAAUGUCCUGCUGAGGCUCACCAGCCAACAUGGGCAGGCUUAAGAAGCACAGAAACAGUGGCAGUGUUCUUAGGCAAGUCUCCAGACUGCCAGUUCCACCAGAUAUGAGAGUCCUACCUCAGGUCUCAGAAAAGGCCACUGAGCUUUAAUACCCUGUCUCAGGUGUGAGCUGGGAAAAUGUUAAUACUGACACACGUGAGUGACCUGCAAUUAGGAAGGCUAACGUGUGAAACUGCACAGACCAGAGUUAACCGUAAAGUCCUUUCAGAUGACCUUGAUCACCACUACCCUUGGUCAGUGUUCAUGACAAUGUCUAACUUUUUUAAAAUGCAUAAAAUUGUAAGUAAAAGCCAAGCAUAUCCUUUAGAGAAUCCUUCCACAAGCUUAAUGACUGCUGUUUCUAGUAGCCAACCCUGAAUUCCAUCAGGGCUGUCUGUCAGUGAGGACUGUUAGCCACCAGAGGGCAGCUUCACUGCAAGCCUGCCGAGCACCUCCUAAGCCUUUACCAGAAUGCUGUCUUCACCAGCAUAGGGCUUGCCACAGUUAGGACUCUUCCUGCUCACACUGUCCCUCAGCCAUUCGUCCUAUGCCAGUCUCAUAGACCUGUGUGUCUUCAUGAGCAAUCAUCAUCCUGUCUUUGUUUAAUAGCCUAGUACAGUCCUACAAUACCAGUGCUGAGCUGAGCAAAUGCCUUCGUGGUUUCCUUUGUUUUGACAUGGGGUCUCACUGUAACUCAGGCUAACUUGGAACUCUUGAGUCCCAGGCUGGCCUCAGACUCCUACCUCAGAUUUCCAAGUGCUGGGAUUACAGGCAUGAGUUACCAGCUCUUGAGUAGUAUAUAUUAAGGUAAAUUCCUUAAAUCUAUAUGUAUUAAAAUGUAAUAUUAAAUGUAUGGAUCCUUUAGGAAUUCCAUUGCUGUGUUUCUUGUCUACAAGGAUAUUUGCAUAAUUAUGUAAAAAAUAUAGGUGCAAGAAUGUUCACUACAGCACUAUCGGCAAUAGUGAAAAAUGGAAAUAACAUAAAUAUGAGAGUAUAGUUUAACUGAAUUAUGGAAUGUCCAAAAAAAUAGAGUAUUGUAUAACUAUUGGGAAGUCCUUAUUUGAGAGGAACUAAGGUGUAUAAGAGUGCAGCCAUGGCGGGUGUCUGUCUAUACCAGCAGUCCUCAACCUGUGGGUUGUGACCUCUUUGGGGAUCGAAUGACCCUGUCACAGGGGUUGCCUAAGACCAUCAGAAUAUACAGAUGUUUACAUUACAAUUCGUAUCAGUAGCAAAAUUACAAUUACAAAGUAGCAACAACCAUAAUUUUAUGGUUGAGGGUCACUACAACAUGAGGAACUGUAUUAAAAGAUUGCAGCAUUUAGAAGAUUGAGGACCACUGGUCUAGACUCAUCUGACCAGCACCCAGGAUGUCACCCAUCAGGUUGCUGCCCAGCCUGACAGCCUACGUUCAGUCUCUGCGACCUGAAUGGUGGGAAGAGAGAACCAAAGUUCUCCCCUGGUCCUCUGAGCAUCACAAGUGUAUUUGUAACACAUACAAAUAAACAUUUUUUAAAAGUC